AUGAAGUCUGUGUAUGCCUCUGAGACUAUCACCAUCCCUGCGGGAGUCACGGUGGAUGUGAAGUCGCGGGUGGUGACGGUGAAAGGCAAGUAUGGCGAAAUCACGCGUGCGUUCCGCCAUCUCCCCGUCGACAUCCAGAAGACCAAGUCGGGGAACCGACUGAAGGUCGAGAUGUGGUACGGAACCUGCAGAGACCUCAGCUGCAUCCGCACGCUGUGCUCCCACAUCAAGAACAUGUUCACUGGUGUGAUGAAGAAGUUCCAGUACAAGAUGCGCUUCGUGUAUGCGCAUUUUCCCAUCAACGUGAACAUCAGCGCCAACGGAAGCGUCGUCGAAAUCCGCAACUUCUUGGGCGAGAAGCGCGUGCGAAUCGUCAAGAUGCUUCCGGGUGUCAAGUGUGAAAAGGCCACCAACGUUAAGGACGAAAUCGCGCUGACUGGAACGGACGUCGAGCUCGUCUCUCGAUCAGCGGCUUUGAUCCACCAGUCGACCUUGGUCAGGAGAAAGGAUAUUCGUAAAUUCUUGGACGGCAUCUACGUGUCAGAGACGAGCACUGUGGAACAGGACGCGUAA